AUGCGCCCCUGUACCGCCUCCUCAUGCUGCUGCCAGGCCCGUAAUCUGCCAUGGGCCCCUGUACCGACUCCUCAUGCUGCUGCCAGGCCCGUAAUCUGUCAUGGGCCCCUGUACCGCCUCCUCAUGCUGCUGCCAGGUCCAGAGUGUGUCAUGGGUCCCUGUACGGCCUCCCAUUGCUGCUGUCUCUAUCGCCACACUCUGCCAUGUGCCACUUUCAGGUCUCCUCACACUGCUGGUGGUUUCCAUUUUUGUCAUAGGGUGCUGUAUGGCCUCCCAUUGCUGCUGCCUCCACCGCCACACUGUGGCUCCACACUCUGGUUUUGGCCCCGUGACUGCCCAAAUGAGUGAAGUGUGCGGUGAUUCUAAGAUCGACGGCACUCAUCUGCAUGUCAUACUGACUGACAGUAUUAUUUCUCUUCCCCAGCAGACUCCAAGGGCAUUUAAAUUAAAGUACAGUGUUCUGCACUAAUAUUA